UUCAUAACUCAACAUUACUACAUUACCAGCAGAUACAUCACACUCAUGGAACAAAACUCUCCUCACUUGAUCCUCUCUUCAGAUGAAAGUAUGUACGUGUUGCUUGAUAACUGUUUAUACACUACGGAUGGGACAGUGGAUUAUCGCAACCGCCCUGCAAACCGGUUAAAAACCGGAAGUUGGAAGGCCUGCUUCUUCAUAAUUGCAACCGCAAGUUUUGAACGGCUGGCAUUUUUUGGGAUGAGUGCCAAUCUGUUGCUGUAUUUCAAGUAUGAACUCAAUGAACACAGUGCCACAGCCUCAAGAAAUCUAUCAAAUUGGACUGGGGCAUGCUACAUUGCCCCAUUGUUUGGAGCGUUUGUUGCGGAUGGCUAUGUAGGGAAAUACUGGACAAUAGCUAGUACUUCAAUUGUGUAUGCCAUUGGAAUCACAUUGUUAACGUUAUCAGCUUCAGCACCUGAGUGGAUGUCGACCCUCUUUACAACAGAUGCUUAUAAUGUAACCGAUGCUCAGACUAUAAUAUGCUUCACAGCGCUUUACUUGGUGGCAGUGGCAAGUGGAGGACUCAAAGCUUGUAUCGCAGCCUAUGGGGCAGACCAAUUUGAUGAUAAUGAUAAGGCCGAGAAAAAGUUCAAAAGUUCUUACUUCAACUGGUAUUAUCAGAUGAUGAACAUUGGCAACCUUCUUGCUCAUUCUUUGGUAGUGUGGGUACAAGACAAUGUGGGUUGGGAUUGGGGGUUUGGAAUUCCUGCUUUAGCCAUGGCAACAGGAGUAGUUUUGUUCUUCUCGGGUACCUGGUUUUACAGGAACCAUAAGCCCAGGGGCAGCCCGAUGACCAGUUUCUUCCAAGUGGUUGUUGCUUCAUUAAAAAAGAAAAAUACCAUCGUACCAACUGAUGCGUUACUUUUAUACGAGAUUUCUGGUGCCAAUUCAACCAUCACAGGAAGUCGCAAACUUGAUCAUACAACAAACUUUAGGUUCUUUGACAAGGCAGCAGUGGAGACACCAUCAGAUCGUGCAAAGGGAUCGAUCAACCCAUGGAGCCUAUGCACAGUUACCCAAGUGGAAGAACUGAAAACCAUGUUGCGUUUGCUACCAAUAUGGAUCACUGGGAUCAUAUUCAGCACUGCUCGUAGCCAGAUGGACAAUCUAGUCGUCUUACAAGGCUCUUUCAUGGACACUCAAGUUGGCAAAUCUAGUUUCAAUAUCCCACCAGCAUCACUCAGUACUUUUGGGAUCCUUAGUGUCAUAUUCUGGGUCCCAGUCUAUGACCAGAUAAUUGUCCCACUUACCCGAAAACUCACAAAUCAUCCAAACGGGCUAACUCAACUCCAACGAAUUGGAACAGGAUAUUUCAUUUCAAUUUUUUCAAUGUUAUCUGCUGGGAUCUUGGAAGUAAUUAGGCUGAACAUUGUCAAAAGGCACAACUACUAUGAAAUCAGUCCCAUACCUAUCUCCAUAUUUUGGCAAGUCCCACAAUUUUUAUUAAUGGGGUGUGCAGAAGUGUUCACACUUGUGGGUCAGAUGGAGUUUUUCUAUGAGCAAGUGCCUGACUCAAUGAGAAGCUUGGGCUCAGCCUUACGGCUCAUGAUUAUUGCAAUGGGUAACUAUACAAGCUCUUUGCUUGUAAGCAUUGUUAUAAAAGUUACGACUAAAGAUGGAAAGCCAGGGUGGAUACCAGAUAAUCUGAACUAUGGUAAACUGCAGAACUUUUUCUGGCUUUUGGCGGUUUUAAGUCUGAUAAAUCUUGGGGUUUUUGUGGUCGUUGCAAAAUGGCAUACAAGUAAGAGAGUCGUUGGAUGA